CAGGAAGAUCGAGUAAAGGAAUGGCACCAGAAAGAUGUCCCAGUCCUCUUCUUCCUCAGGAUCAUCAGCUUUUGAAACAGGAUGAAGAUCUGAGCAAUAUCAAUGCUACAGAGGUGUAUAUGAGGGGUGAUGACCAGUGUAUGGAGGAAAUUCCUACACAGACAUAUGUGAGGGGUGAUGACCAGUGUAAGGACAUUCCUACAGAUAACCACCAAGAUAACUAUAGCGGGAGCUCAAGGGGACAUCUGAUAUCUUCAGAUUUGAAAGCAGAUGAAGGUGGUAUCACACAAGACACAUAUGAAGAGCGUGCCAUUAUCUCAGAUGUACCCUCAGCCAUUCAGAGCAAAGAUUUAUCAUCUGAUCCUGUUAAACAUCUCCGAUCUUCUGAUUCAUCACAGGCUGCUCAGCAAAAUUCAAGUCACAGACGGGGUGUUGUAUAUCAAAGAACACACUCAAAGAAGUCAUAUUCGUGUCCCGAAUGUGGGAAAAGUUUUAAACAAAAAACACAUCUUCUUCAACAUCAAAGAAGUCACACAGGAGAGAAACCAUUUUCAUGUUCAGAAUGUGACAGAUCUUUUAUUAAGAAAUCAGAUCUUAAUAGACAUCAGAGAAUUCACACAGGAGAGAAGCCGUUUUCAUGUCCAGAAUGUGGAAAAUGUUUUAGUCAGAAAUCAUAUCUGGUUAGUCAUUUAAGAAGUCAUACAGGGGAGAAACCAUUUUUAUGUCCAGAAUGUGGAAAAUGUUUUACUCAGAAAUCGUGUCUGGCUACUCAUGUAAGAAUUCACACAAGGGAAAAACCAUUUUCAUGUUCAGAAUGCGGCAAAUGUUUUACUAAGAAAUCAGAUGUUGUUAGACAUCGCAUAGUUCACACAGGAGAGUACAAAUUUUCAUGUUCAGAAUGUGACAGAUGUUUUAAAAAGAAAUCAGAUUUUGUUAAACACCAGAGAAUUCACACAGGAGAGAAGCCAUUUUCAUGUCCAGAAUGUGGGAAAUGUUUUAAUCAGAAAUCACAUCUGGCUGUUCAUCUAAAAAGUCACACCGGGGAGAAACCAUUUUCAUGUCCAGAAUGUGGGAAAUGUUUUACUCAUAAAUCAUGUCUGAAUAGUCAUCUAAGAAUUCACACAGUGGAGCAGCCAUUUGCAUGUUCAGAAUGUGAAAAAUGUUUCUUAAGAAGAGCAUGUCUCCUUGAACAUAAGAAAAUUCACACAUGAAGGCGAUCUCCAAUUCUGUCCAGGAUGACCGAGAGUUAGUGAAGCUCUGUUUGCAUACCAUCAACCUCCAGCAACUCUCUCCUCCACAAAUCUUUUCACUUAACCAAGCCAAGAGGGUAACAAAACUGAUCAAAGUAGCACAUGGCAAUGAUGUAUUAAAAAUACCAUCUUUAUUGAAACGACAUGUAAAGAACACAUCUAAUCAAAGGACACAUCAUCCUCAGGGAGAGUGGGUCAGAAUCUCAAAUUGCAAGGAAUGGACACAAAAUACUAAUAGUACAAGAUACAUAACAGUAAUACAGACAGUAAUGCUAUUUUUAAGUACAAACUUAGUGGCUCAAAAGCAGCUUAUCAUCAUUUUAACAGAGUUAACAAUAGCCAUACAAUCAGGGCUUAAUCAUGCUUGCCCAUAAUGCCUUGUAGUCAGCAGCUCACCGCAGCCAAUCAGGAGCAAGUAUACUGAUGAGUCAGUCAACAUUAGUCAGGUACUGAUCAAAACAUGAAAAAAUAUUUUGCAGCGCUCACCUACGUUAAGUACUUCCGAAGCAUGGACACAGAUGGACAUGAAGUCCAGCUUCUUUAAAAUGUAGUAUUCUUUAUUUCAAGUGGUAAAAUCCAUAAGCAGAAUACAGUGUAAAUCUACGCGUUUCAGACCCUACAAUCCUGGUCCUUACUCAUGACUCAUGGUACUGGACUUUAUCCAUUUUGUUUGCAAAUUAGUAAGGUACUAUAUAAGCUCCCAAGCUGGAGAUACAUGUGUAUUCUAGGCUUGUACGUUGAUGUGUGAGGACACCUGACAAAUACAAAGCAAAGAAAAAAUAUCUUUAAACACACAAUACAUUGAGCUAGUUUUAUGUCAGGGGGGAGUUUCAGGGAAGACAAACACUAGUUAGAUGAAAUCAAUUGUUAGAGCGUGAGAGAGGUUUUAGCUAGGGACAGGACAGCCUCUGGUCAGUGCGCCAUUAUGUAAAAAGCUGUGCCAGCCAUUUUAUACACUGCUCCACUGGUAUCGCAACAUUAAAAGCUAAAGGACUCACUUUUUUUUAAAAUUAAUGAGCAUUAGCCCAAUGGCCAUCAAAUAAUUCCCAAUCACAGCCACAAAUGGUCUAAAAUUUUAAUCCUGGUGCUGCUAGCAUACUGUCUGACUUAUUCUUCUGUGUCACAGUUAUAGUAUAUUGUACUACAUCUUUCAAAGUUUAUAAAUAAAAUU